CAUAAAAGCUUUCUCCUUUUCUUUUCCCCUUCUCUAUCUCAAGGUUUUAUCUCUCUUGUUUCUUUUUUUUUUUCUUUGGGUAAACAAUCAUUCACUUCCGUAGGCAAAUAAAACCCAACUUCCCUAGGUAUAAGUACAAAAGGAAAAAAAAAAAAAAAAACAGUCAGAAAAUGUCUCAGAACCUUCAUUUGUUUUCUUCAUCUUCCCCUCUGUUGUUCUUCUGAAAGGUAUGGAUUAUUUUGAUGUCUGGAAAAGAUCAUGGUGCAGUGCCUAGACGGAUUAAAGCAUUUGUGUGCUACAUUUUUUAAUUGUUGUGAUGCUGAUUUAUAUAAGCAACCCAAGGGUCUUGAAGAUCCUGAAUCUCUUGCAAGAGAGACAGUGUUUAGUGUAAGUGAAAUUGAAGCUCUCUACGAGCUGUUUAAGAAGAUCAGCAGUGCAGUAAUUGAUGAUGGGCUCAUCAACAAGGACGAAUUUCAAUUGGCGUUGUUUAAGACAAAUAAAAAGGAAAGCUUAUUCGCAGAUCGGGUAUUUGACUUGUUUGACACCAAGCAUAAUGGGAUAUUAGAUUUUGAAGAGUUUGCUCGUGCUCUCUCUGUCUUUCACCCCAAUGCUCCAAUUGAUGAUAAAAUUGAUUUUUCGUUUCAGCUAUAUGAUCUCAAACAGCAGGGUUUCAUUGAGAGACAGGAGGUAAAGCAGAUGGUGGUGGCCACGCUAGCUGAAUCUGGUAUGAAUCUUUCGGAUGAUGUAAUUGAGAGUAUCAUCGACAAGACUUUUGAGGAAGCUGAUACCAAGCAUGAUGGGAAGAUCGACAAGGAAGAGUGGCGAAACCUUGUCCUGCGGCAUCCAUCUCUCUUGAAGAACAUGACUCUUCAAUAUCUCAAAGACAUCACAACAACUUUCCCAAGUUUUGUAUUUCACUCACAAGUUGAUGAUACCUGAGUUUGGAGCUUCAAUGUUUGAUCAAUGGACAAUGUGUUCUUGUUUCGUUUCUGUGUGCAAAGAAUCAAAGCUAGCCAGAAUGUUAAGUUUCUGUUUACAGUUUCAAAGACCGGACCAUGUGUUAGUUUUCUUUUUUGAAAUUUGGAUAGGUAAAGUUUUGUAGUUUGAAAAAAAUGGGUAUUUUUUUUUAGAAUAUUUAUUUGUUUGUUUUUGUUUGCUUCAUUUGAAGAAAAGAGAGGGAAAUUAAUAUGUACAGACAGAAGCAUGGAAAUGAUGGAAUGUUUGGUUUUGCUUAAUGGCACUUGUGAAAGCAAGAU